AUGAGGCUCAUCCUGAUCAUUGCAAUUCUGCUGUUCCAGAAGUUCACAGUAACUGAACAACUUAAAAAAUGCUGGGAUGAAUAUGUACAAGGAUACUGCAGGAAAAUUUGCAAAACAACAGAAAUACGUGAAGUACUAUGUGAAAAUGGGAGAUAUUGUUGCCUCAAUAUCAUGGACCUGAAACUACGUAAAAAAAUUACCAGACCACCUCGUCCAAAGCCAGUGACAUAUGCAUUUACUUAUUCUCAAGAUUAUUAUGCAGAUGAACAGAAUAAUACAAACUCCAACAAAAAGUCUAUAUAA